CGUGACAACGAUGUGCCAAAGGAUGACACUUGGUGUGGUACCUGGAGGCCCACCAGGCCGAGGAGGCCUAUUUUGGCUCAGUACAAAAGCCCGGGACCUAAAUACUCACUACCCGGACUUACAGGUGGACAUCAGCAUGAUCCAACCAAGUACAGGGCUCCAAUGUACUCCUUUGGUUCGCGUCUUAAUGCAGUAAAUACUGAUUGUUCCCCUGGACCAAUGYAUGAUAUCCCCGGCAACAUGACAAGAUACGGCAGAGAUGGAAUACCUGCGUUUUCGCUCCAUGGCCGCCCAAAACAGCCCCAACCAUCGCAAGUCCCUGGACCAGGUCAUUACUACCCAGAGCGUUCACAAAAGUUGAUCUACCCCUCAACGCUUGCUUAUUCUCUGUCUGGGAGGACCAAAGACAUCAAUGAGAACCUUACACCAGGUCCAGCUACCUACAAUCUACCCCCUCUGGUGGGGUCUCGAACUGUAAUCGCUCCUUCAGCACCAUCUUACACACUCUCUGGGCGAGGGGCCUUUCAGGAGAACAAUAAAAAUACUCCAGGUCCAGCUGAUUACAAUAUUACAAACCCCAGCAUUUGUGGGCCAAGACCUCUGCAGUUCACCAUUGCAGGCCGUCACUUUCUUCCCAACAAAACAAAUACACCAGGACCAGGAGCAUACUUCCCUGAGAAGGCAACCUUAACAAAGGCAAAAGCACCAGGCUUCUCCUUUGGAAUACGCCAUUCAGAGUACACUCUGCCUAUCAUCACAAAGGAUGAUUAGGAUGAUCAGCUCACUUGAAUAAAACUGAAACGGCAAAUUUGGAGCUGUUUUUUGGUUUCCUUGUUCAGAAUUUGACUAAAAAAAGAAUAAAUAUUGAAUGCUGUUCUUUAACUGUAGGUAGUGGACAUGUGAUAAAUGCUAGGC